UCAAGAUGGCCGCUGAAAUGAGUAGAAGAUGGAGUUUUGUUCUACUUGUUUUAGGCUUCUGUUUACAAAUUUUAGCCGGGAGGGACUUUUAUGCGAUUUUGGGAGUGACAAAAAAUGCUAGUAAAAAAGAAAUAAAGAAAGCUUAUAGAAAACUCGCUAUGAAAUGGCAUCCUGACAAGCACCCUGAUGAUGAAAAAGCACAUGAAAUGUUUCAAGAUUUGAGUACAGCUUAUGAGGCUUUGUCAGAUGAUGAGAAAAGAAAAAUUUACGAUGCUCAUGGUGAAGAAGGAUUAAAGAAAAUGAGUGGAGAAAAUGGACACGAUCCUUUUGAUUCUUUUAAUAGUUUUUUUGGUGGUUUCAACUUUCACUUUGGUGGAUCAGAUCACUCUCAUCGACGAGAUACUCCCAAGGGUGCUGAUAUAGUUAUGGAUCUAGAUGUGACAUUAGAGGAGUUGUAUAGUGGGGAAUUUAUUGAGGUAAUGAGACAUAAACCAGAGUCUGAAACAAUCCCUGGCACAAGGAAAUGUAAUUGCCGACAAGAAAUGAGAACAACACAACUUGGACCAGGUCGUUUUCAAAUGGCACAAGAAGAAGUCUGUGAUGAAUGCCCUGCUGUGAAAUAUGUGAACAAAAUGAAGAAAUUGGAAGUUGAAAUUGAGCCAGGAAUGAUCGAUGGCCAAGAGUGUUCUAGAUUUGUUGGUGAAGGUGAACCUCAUAUUGAUGGUGAUGCUGGUGAUCUAAAAUUUAUCAUAAAAGAGCAAAGGCAUUCAAGGUUUCAUAGAGAUGGAAUGACUUUGUAUACAAAUGUGACUAUAUCUCUUGUUGAUGCACUAAAUGGUUUUGAAAUGGAUAUCCAACACUUAGAUGAACACAAGGUUCAUGUCACCAGGGAAAAAAUUACAUGGCCUGGUGCAACAAUUAAGAAGAAAGGCGAAGGAAUGCCUAGUUAUGAUAAUAAUAAUUUGUUUGGUGAUUUAUUUAUUUCAUUUGAUGUGGACUUUCCCAGAGGUUCUUUUACAGCAGAAGAGAGAGAAGCUGUGAUCAAACUUCUUCAGCAAAAAUCCUAUCAAACUGUGUACAAUGGAUUAUAAAGAUGAGAUGUUGAAUUAUGCUAGUCAAUUUCUAUUUGUGAAUAAGCGUGGCAUCCUUUGUGUUGACGUUUUCCUGUUACAAUGCUCCGGCAGCUCUGGCUAAUGAAAUAAGUGACGUAUGGACAAGCCAGUUAUCAUUGAAGGAUUUAUGGGAGAAAUAAAGGAAGGUUUUAAAGGAAAUUAAGAUGCUUUUUCCAGGUAGGCAGGUAGUUUUCAAGCAAAGUCAAAAGCAUUGUUAGACCAUCCAUUUACACCAGAAACACUGCAUAUUUAGGUCACACAUCCUUGUGCAAAUUUUGUUCAAAAGAAUCCUUACUCAUUAUCAGGCCAUGUAAAAUCCUAGCCACCAAAACCACCCAUCAUCUAGCAAAAUCAUUGCUCUUGCUGCAAACACUUUAGUAUAGUAUAACAGUUUUUAAAACUAUGUUCAAUAA